UCAGAUUGACGCGUGAGCGACUGUCAACGGGCCAGCUGAGCGCAAAAGAGUGAACAGCGAACUGGGCUAGAAGUUCAGUAGACCAGCACAACCAACGCAACGAAGGAAACUUUGACAGCGGACCCUAUUUUAUCCAACUUCUAAAGCAUUUGUAGGCUAAAGGUUGUGGAUUGUAGGCUUACCUUUAGUGAAUCGGUGAAAAGGCUGUACAAUCCUUGGCAGUGUUCUGAGACUGUACAGCUGCCUACUGCUUCUGAAAGACAACUUGCAUCUGAAAUGGACUGUGCGUAAAGAGCAGAGAAAUUACUUCAUCUCGAUUUGACUUUCAAUAUUUUUCAUUGUGUAUGUUAUUUGUUACUUGAAAAUUGUUGCGUAAGUGGACUGAUUCGGACUUUCGGGGAAAUUCCAUUUGUCACUGAACUUUGCAAAAGAAAACAUGACGGCUGAUAAGGACAAGAAAAGGAGCAGUUCGGAACGGCGGAAGGAGAAGUCUCGUGACGCGGCACGCUGUCGUCGAAGUAAGGAGACAGAGGGGUUCUACGAGCUGGCCCAUCAGCUGCCCCUCCCACACAGCGUCAGCUCCCACUUGGACAAAGCCUCCAUCAUGAGACUGGCCAUCAGCUUCCUGCGCACCCGCAAGGUCGUCGGCCCAGGCUGCUCCAACGGUGCAGAGACUGAGGAGGACAGACAGACGGACAGUAUGUAUUUGAAGUCACUGGAGGGGUUUGUCACUGUGGUUACAUCAGACGGCGACAUGAUCUUCCUCUCAGAAAACAUCAACAAGUUCAUGGGCUUAACACAGGUAGAGUUGACUGGACAAAGCAUCUUUGACUUCACCCAUCCCUGCGACCACGAUGAGAUUCGCGAGAACCUGAGUCUGAAAAAUGGCACUGGGAAGAAGGGGAAAGCCUUGAGCACUGAGAGAGACUUCUUCAUGAGGAUGAAGUGCACAGUGACAAACCGUGGACGCACUGUCAACCUGAAAUCAGCCAGCUGGAAAGUUCUGCACUGCACUGGCCACCUGAAGGUGUACAGCAGUUGCGCCCCUCAUGGGCUGUGUGGGUUCAAGGAGCCUCCUCUCACCUGCCUGGUGAUGAUGUGUGAGCCCAUCCCCCACCCCUCCAACAUCGACACACCCCUGGACAGCAAGACCUUCCUGAGCCGCCACAGCAUGGACAUGAAGUUCACCUACUGCGACGACAGAGUCACUGAGCUGAUGGGCUACAGUCCUGAAGAUCUGCUGGGCCGCUCUGUCUAUGAGUUCUACCACGCUUUGGACUCUGACAGUGUCACCAAGAGCCACCAGAACCUGUGCAGUAAAGGUCAGGCAGUGAGUGGACAGUAUCGUAUGCUGGCCAAACAUGGAGGCUACGUGUGGGUUGAGACCCAGGGCACAGUCAUCUACAACAGCCGGAAUUCCCAGCCGCAGUGCAUCGUUUGUGUCAACUACGUCCUCAGUGACGUGGAGAACAAGUCCAUGAUCUUCUCCAUGGACCAGACUGAGUCUCUGUUCAAGCCACACCACAUGAACAGUUUCUUCACCCAGAGUGGUGCUGCGGUGGCCGCGGAGCCCAUCAAGACCCUGUUCACCAAACUCAAAGAGGAGCCAGAAGACCUUGCUCAGCUGGCUCCCACACCUGGAGACGCCGUCAUCACCCUUGACUUUGGAAGGCCACCGUUUGAGGAGCCUCAUCCUCCUCUUUACCCCAAGAUGUCUCCCAUGCCCCCUCCGGCCCCCCAGGGCUGGGGCAGUGAUGCCCACAAGCCCUGCCCGGCAGGAGACAUGUCCAACCACAUGGCUACCACCUUCUCAGUGCCCCAGAACCCCACACCAGGCAGCGCCACCCCCAGCACUGCCCCCCCUAGCCUGAGCAGUUGUUCCACGCCCAGCAGCCCAGGGGAUUACUACAGCGAGAGAGAGAGUGACCUGAAGGUAGAGCUGACUGAGAAGCUCUUUGCUCUGGACACAGAGGGGCCCAAGAGCCCCGGCAGCACCCAGUCGGUCCUGAGUGAUUUGGAUCUGGAGACCCUGGCUCCCUACAUCCCCAUGGACGGAGAAGACUUCCAACUCCACCCCAUCAUUACUGAAGAGGCCCCUGGAGGCACCGAGGGGGCCGCUGACCAAAUGGGACACCGCACCACACAGAAUGGGUUCAGCAACAUCGCCAGCCUCUUCCAGCCCCUGGGAUCCCCACAGUCUGCCCACUACCAGCCCGCCAAGUGGGCCCCAGGAGACAAGAGAGGCCCCAACCACAGUGAAAUAAGCCCCAUGGACUCCAGGCCUACUCUGCCCUACACAGGCCCUGCACAGAUCACCCCCUACCACACCCUAGCCAGCACCCCUUUGUCCUCCAUGGGCGGACGUCAGAACCUGCAGUGGCCCCCCGAUCCCCCGUUACACUACCAACAACAAGUGGACGCCAUGGGCGGAAGCAACUCAUGUCAGAACAUGCCGGUCAACAGGAUGCACAAGCAGAGGUCAAUGGAGAACUUUGUCCAGGCCUACAGAGACAUGAGUCCUGCUAGAAUCGCCAUUGCCAAUAACUUCAAGCGCUCCUUCACGCAAAUGGCAGUGGGUGACUCCACCCUGAGUACACCAUCAGAGAUGAUGUGGAAGAGGAUGAGGAAUGAAAGCUGUGCCAUCCUGGAUAGAUCUCUCAGCACCAGCUCACUGGCAGAUAAAGGUAUGUGCAUACAUGGGGGUGUUGACCAGUGUCUCAGCCCCCUUCAACGGCACAGGAAGUCCCAGUAUCCAGGAUGUGGAAACAGUGCACCUAAAAAAGCCUUCCCCGAACAGUGGUGCAACUACAGAGAAUACCGUAUGCUGCCCUCUCCCAAAACAGAGGGGGUUGCCAGUCGGCUGUUGGGCCCGUCCUUUGAGACCUAUUGUCUGCCAGAGCUCACCCGCUACGACUGCGAGGUCAAUGUCCCUCUCCAAGGCAACCUGCACUUGCUGCAGGGCAGUGACCUACUGAGAGCCUUGGACCAGGCCACCUAGACCCAGCCCUACACCCCCUACUGCAUUUCCCUACCCUGGACCAGGCCACCUAGACCCAGCCCUACAACCCCUACUCCCCUACCCUCCUCUGGACCAGGCCACCUAGACCCAGCCAUACACCCCUACUCCCCUCUAGACC